AGGCAUUGAUUAGUAUUUUAGACGCGUAACCCAUUUCUCUGGAGCUGAAGUUUUGCUAACGCUUUCAGCUUGGCUUCAAAAGCAACUUUGCUGGAAUGUUUUAAAGGGUUAAAACCCUCUAGGGUUUUAAUUUAAUUCAAAUUAAUUGAAGAAAACUCUUCUGGCCUCACUAAAGAAAUCACUGGAAUCAUGGAUCAAAACAACAGCUUGCCACCCUAUGCUCAAGGCUUAGCCUCCCCACAGGGUGCAAUGACUCCAGGAAUUCCAAUUUUUAGCCCGAUGAUGCCGUACGGCACAGGACUGACCCCGCAGCCUGUCCAGAGCACCAACAGUCUGUCCAUUCUCGAGGAGCAGCAGCGGCAGCAGCAGCAGCAAGCAGCAGCGCAGCAGUCCACGUCCCAGCAGGCGACGCAGGGAACAUCUGGGCAAACUCCCCAGCUCUUCCACUCACAGACUCUUACCACAGCCCCUUUGCCGGGGACCACCCCUCUGUACCCCUCUCCCAUGACGCCGAUGACUCCAAUAACUCCCGCAACGCCGGCGUCCGAGAGCUCCGGGAUAGUGCCGCAGCUGCAGAAUAUUGUGUCUACGGUGAACCUUGGUUGCAAACUUGACCUAAAAACUAUUGCGCUUCGUGCCCGAAAUGCUGAAUAUAAUCCCAAGCGUUUUGCUGCUGUUAUUAUGAGAAUAAGAGAACCACGGACUACUGCACUUAUAUUCAGCUCUGGAAAGAUGGUGUGCACAGGAGCAAAAAGUGAGGAGCAAUCCAGACUGGCAGCAAGGAAGUAUGCAAGAGUUGUCCAGAAGCUGGGUUUUCCUGCAAAAUUUUUGGAUUUUAAAAUUCAGAACAUGGUGGGAAGCUGUGAUGUGAAAUUUCCCAUCAGAUUAGAAGGAUUGGUACUCACACACCAGCAGUUUUCCAGCUACGAGCCAGAAUUGUUUCCCGGCUUAAUCUACAGAAUGAUCAAGCCAAGAAUUGUUCUGCUUAUUUUUGUGUCUGGAAAAGUGGUUUUAACUGGUGCUAAAGUACGAUCAGAAAUCUACGAAGCAUUUGAAAACAUCUAUCCUAUCUUAAAGGGAUUCAGAAAGACAACGUAACAGUUUCUACAUCUUUGAGAGAAAUCAGGGGUAUAUUUUACAAGGUAUUGCAUAUGGCACAGCAGUAACAAGAGAUGGACUUCCAGUGAAACUGCAACACCAGGACUUGGACUAUUUCCCAGUUAGUGCCUACUUCCCUGAUGCUCAAGGGGAACUGUAUUCUUGAUUACGUCUACUGAGUUACUGUGAGUUGCUUUACUGGGCUGUUCCUGGAGCAGUCCCUCUAAGUUUUAUUUAUAUUCUAGCUUUUAAAUAGUUUUAAUGCCGGUUCUAUUAAUAGAAGAUCCAUAAGUUUGUUUAAAAGACAAAUGCAACUGUGUCACUCAGUGUAUAAACCACUUAAAUUGCCAUGUAUAUAUAUGUUUUAAUUUCCUUCCGUAAGACCAUGGUUUUUAUAAUUUUCAGAACAUAAGCUUUUAAAUUUUUUCAAUUUUAAAUUUCUUUGGUGCCAGACACAUUCCCUCUUUCCAGUAUUAAGCAAGACAGAAUAAAUUUAUUAAUGAAAAUGGCUCACUGUACAUAUAUAUAUAAUAUAUACUUUCCUUCUCUUUCCUCCUUCAGCUCCACAUGUACAAUAAACCCUGUUUAU